UUUUUUUUUUCAUUUUUUUUUAUUCUCAACUUUUAAAAUACAUAUAAAUAUAAGCUUUUUAUAUUUCCUGAUUCCUCUUCUUUUUUUUUUCGAAGAAGUUUCUGAUAAAAAAAAAAAUGCAAUUCAAUCAACAACCUACACUUCGUGAAUUAUUAAGUCAAUUUAAUUAGCAAAUGCAACUCUUUCUCAGUUUGAAAAGACUUAUGUGUCCUUUCCUGAAUUUAUUGAUACGACAACAGAAACAGCUGCUGCUCAACAAAUAUAUAAUACUACUACUACUACUACUACUACUAAUUCAAGACCACCGAAUACUGAACGAUGGUAUCAACCUGAUACGCUUGCUUGUUGAAUACCUGUUUACUCUCUGUCUUGCUAGAAAGAAAGGAAACCUAUUAUUAUUAUCUUGUAUAUCACAUAUUUGCAAAAAUAUGUUUGUAAAUUGGACCUCACUAUCAUCUCCUUAUAUAUUAUAAUCUACAUAUUCUUCAUUAAUAAUUUCUCCAUUUUCCCUUUGUGAAUUUCUCACACAUAAUCUCUAUAUACAAAAUGCAUUUUUAUAUGCAUUUGCAAUGUAAAUAUAUACCAUUUUACCCUAUUAUUAUUUACCUUUCUUUUUUAUCUCGUUUUACCCAAAAAUAAAUAAAUAACCUUAUUGUAACAUUUUGAUAUCAUACAUAAACUGCUUCCGCAUAAUAGAGCCAAUCAUAACAACUAUCUUGUUUAUUUUUUUUUUAGUAAUGCUAAAUAUGACUUUAGGGUUCGGGCUUUUUUGAAGAAUAUGACAGAAGAAAUAUAUUUCAAGAAAGAAAGAAAGAAAGAAAAAAAAAACUCAUAUAUAGCACAUACUAGGUUUUCUUUAUAUUAUAAUGGUAUCCAUUCUCCACAAUUUAUACUAUAAAAGCGAAUUAUGACUAAAU